AUGGUUUCGGUGGAGGAUCCGUUAUCUCAUUCAAAUUCCACUCGGUUUCCGUUAACGACUGACUUCUACGGUUCAUCGUCGCCGUCAGCGGCGAGGAUACAUCGUCAAACCGGCCGGUCGAUGAGGACGGUGAAAUCUAAUUUCUACCAAAGUGGAGAUCAAUCUUGCUCAUUCGCCGGCUCUGUCGGCGAUAAAUCGGAGUAUGCGUCGGAGUAUUUGUCGGAUUCAAUUAUCGACAUGAGGCUCGGUGAGCUUGCUUUGAAGAACAGCAAUUCACUCAAUUCAAGCGCUUCCUCGGUUAAAGAGGAAAUGUUUCUCGACAUUUCUCAGGCGUUUAGUGAUUUCUCCGCAUGUAGUAGUGAUAUCUCCGGCGAGCUGCACCGUCUCGCUUGCUUGUCGUCGCCGGAGACAGAGGGAAAAGAGAACGUCGGAGAAAACCAAGCGCAGGGUCCAGAGCUAGAGAUGGAACCAUGUCUAGGGUUUCUGCAGAGAGAAAACUUCUCCACGGAGAUAAUCGAGUGUAUUUCUCCCGAAGAUCUCCAGCCGACGGUGAAACUCUGCAUCGACGGACUUCGCUCCUCUUCGGUGGCGAUAAAGCGGUCUGCUGCGGCGAAGCUGCGGCUCCUGGCAAAGAAUCGAGCGGAUAACCGGGUGCUGAUUGGGGAAUCUGGAGCCAUUCAAGCUCUCAUCCCACUUCUCCGUUGCAACGAUCCAUGGACACAGGAGCACGCAGUCACAGCUCUCUUGAAUCUCUCACUUGACGACCAGAACAAAACCGUGAUCGCCGCCGGAGGAGCAAUCAAAUCUCUCGUGUGGGUACUCAAAACCGGCACGGAGACUUCAAAGCAGAACGCCGCGUGUGCGUUGCUCAGCCUAGCCCUCCUGGAAGAGAACAAAGGUUCGAUCGGAGCCUGCGGCGCGAUUCCGCCGCUGGUUUCUCUUCUGCUGAACGGAUCUUGCAGGGGCAAGAAGGACGCUCUGACGACGCUUUACAAGCUGUGUACUAUUCAGCAAAACAAAGAGAGAGCCGUCACCGCCGGAGCGGUGAAGCCUCUGGUGGACCUUGUUGCGGAGGAAGGGACUGGAAUGGCGGAGAAGGCGAUGGUGGUUCUGAGCAGCCUGGCGGCAAUCGAAGAAGGCAGAGAGGCCAUUGUUGAGGAAGGAGGGAUCGCAGCGCUAGUGGAGGCCAUCGAGGAUGGAUCAGUGAAAGGCAAAGAAUUUGCAAUCUUGACGCUGUUGCAGCUUUGUGCUGAUAGCGUCAGAAACCGUGGGUUGCUUGUGAGGGAAGGCGCGAUUCCUCCGCUUGUUGGUCUCUCUCAGAGCAGAUCCGUCAGCGUUAGAGCUAAGCGCAAGGCAGAAAAACUUCUGGAGUAUCUUAGGGAGCCAAGGAAUGAGGGAUGUUGUUUAUCAAGCCCCAUCAAUUGA